AUGUCGAACUUCGGGAAACGAGCUGCGCCAAACAGGAACGAGCCGCCGACAAAUAAACGGCGAAAAGAGGAAGAGGAUGAAGAGAAGAGCAAUUACGAAGAACAUCUCGCGCAUCUUGCCACUUUGAUUUCUCCAUCGAAACGCUCCGUUUUGGAUCCAUCUAAAUGUCGACGGCCCAAUCCACCCAGUAAUCACGCCAAGAAAGCCUUUUCCAUGCAAGUGAUGGAAGUUGAAACAUUUUUUGAACCCGGCAACAAUACCGACUUUGAUCGAACAAAUGUGCGACUGUUUGGCAUAACAAUGGAGGGCAACUCUGCUUGUGUGACCGUCACCAACUACUUUCCGCAUUUCUACUUCCAGGCUCCGACUGGAUUUGCGGUUGAAAAUCUUGAUUCUGGUCAAAAAAACCUAAAUGCCGCAGUUGCCAACAAUUUACGUCGGGCUAAUUCGAAUAACCAAACCAGCGAUGUCGUAGUCAAUCAUCUAGUGCAUUUGAGCGUCGCUCAAGGGGAGGGCCUUUACGGAUAUAAAGGAUCGAAUAAGAAGUAUGACUUCAUCAAAGUAUCUGGAACAACACAAACACUCAACCGAGCCAAACAAGAGUUGAGAAAUGGAAUCAACCUAGGAAAAGGAGUUCAAGCAAUAGAGAAAUUUUUUGAAGCCAACAUCGAUGCGGAGGUCAAGUUCAUGGCGCAAACAGGGAUCGUUGGUUGUGGUUGGAUAGAAAUUCCGGCCAACAAGAGCAAGCAGUUAAAUCAAUCAAAGACAAAUUGUCAAAUUGAGUUAUCCGUCUCUGUCAAUGAUCUCAUUAUCCAUUUGCCCGAAGGUGAAUGGGGAAAAGUGGCACCAAUUCGCACAAUGUCUUUUGAUAUUGAAUGUAUGGGUAGAAGAGGUAUUUUCCCUGAACCCGAACACGAUCCAGUGAUUCAAAUCGCUUGCAUGGUCAAGAUUGAGGGACAAGCUGAACCUUUCUUACGAUGCUGCUUUGUUUUGGGUACUUGCGCUCCAGUAAUUGGUUCGGAAAUAAUUCAAUGUCCGACUGAAAAGGAUCUUCUAGAAAGGUGGACAGAGUUUAUACGAUUGGUCGAUCCUGAUGUGCUCACUGGCUACAAUAUUCUCAACUUUGAUCUUCCGUACAUUUUGGAAAGAGCCAAGACUUUGAAACUUCCGAAGGUGAGCUUUCUUGGCCGACUGAAGGAUAAGGCGUCACAAGUUCGCGAAUCGACUUUGAGCAGCAAACAAAUGGGUUCAAGAGUCAACAAGAACAUUGAUAUUCAUGGACGAGUAAUCUUCGACGUGUUGCAGGUUGUGCUACGUGAUUACAAGCUCCGAAGUUACACUCUCAACUCGGUCUCCUAUCAUUUUUUGUCGGAACAGAAAGAGGAUGUCGAACAUAGCACAAUUCCUGACCUUCAAAUGGGUGAUGAGCAAAGUCGAAGAAGAUUGGCGCUGUAUUGCAUGAAAGAUGCGGCGCUUCCUUUGCGACUUCUUGAUAAAUUAAUGUCAAUCAUUAACUACAUGGAAAUGGCGAGAGUCACUGGUGUGCCAAUCAACUAUCUUCUCACACGAGGACAACAAAUUAAAAUUCUUUCCAUGAUGCUUCGCCGAUGCAAAGCCGAGAACUUUUUCUUACCGGUGAUUGAAGUCCAAGGUGGCGAUGACGUUGGUUACGAAGGUGCUACUGUGAUCGAUCCAAUACGGGGCUUUUAUCGUGAACCAAUUGCUACGCUUGAUUUUGCUUCGCUGUAUCCAUCGAUUAUGAUUGCUCACAAUUUAUGCUAUACAACUCUUUUGACUGGACCAUUGGAUGGUGGUGUGGAAGGAAAGGACUACAUCAAAACUCCAUCGGGAAACUUCUUUUGCACUAAAGAAAAACGUUGUGGUCUUUUGCCGGUGGUACUUGAGGAUCUUCUCUCUGCUCGAAAGCGUGCAAAGAACGAUUUGAAAAACGAAAAGGAUGAGUUCAAAAAGAUGGUUCUCAAUGGAAGACAAUUGGCUUUGAAGAUUUCUGCAAAUUCGGUAUAUGGAUUUACUGGUGCCACUGUUGGAAAGCUCCCAUGUUUGGAAAUCUCUCAAUCUGUGACCUCUUUUGGACGACAAAUGAUUGAGUUGACAAAGAAGACCGUUGAAGAGAAUUACAAGAAAGGUGCUAUGAAUGGCAAAUGUCCUCAAGAUGCAAAGGUCAUCUACGGAGAUACUGAUUCCGUGAUGGUAAAAUUCGGAGUAGAAACGGUAGCUCAAGCGAUGGAGAUCGGUUUCGAGGCAGCAAAAGAAGUUUCAAAGAUUUUCAUUGAACCGAUCAAGCUGGAGUUCGAAAAAGUAUAUUAUCCAUACCUUUUGAUCAACAAAAAACGCUAUGCUGGCCUCUACUACACGAAGCCCGAUAAGUAUGAUAAAGUUGACUGCAAGGGUUUGGAAACGGUUCGUCGCGACAAUUGCCCUCUCGUAGCGAAAGUGUUGGGAAAGUGCCUAGAAACGAUGUUGAUUGAUCGAAACGCGGAUGCGGCACUUGUUUAUGCGAAGAAAAUGAUCUCUGACUUGUUGUGCAAUCGGAUUGACAUUUCAAUGUUAAUCAUUAGUAAGGAAUUGACGAAAAGUGGAGAUAAAUAUCAAGCAAAACAAGCUCAUGUCGAACUAGCGGCUCGAAUGAGAAAAAGAGAUCCUGGAUCGGCUCCUCGAUUGGGGGAUCGAGUGCCAUUUGUUAUAAUUGCCGCUGGAAAGAAUGUACCUGCUUACGAGAAAGCUGAAGAUCCGACCUAUGUCCUGGAAAACAAUGUACCAAUUGAUUUUAAUUACUAUCUUACCAAUCAGCUCGCCAAACCACUUGCUAGAAUAUUUGAUCCAAUUCUCGAUGGUAAAGCAGAGAAGGCACUUCUUCAAGGAGAGCACACUCGAGUGAGAACAGUCGUACAAUCAAAGGUCGGCGGACUUGCGGCGUUUACUCAAAAGAUGAAGACGUGUCUUGGAUGUAAAGGUGUUCUGAAGGGUGAUCGAAAGGACGCGGCCACUUGUGAGCAUUGUAAAGACAAACAAGGGGACAUUUAUGCUACAAGGUGUGCCAAUAUGAAUUCAUUGGAGAGAAACUUCGCUCGCUUAUGGACGGAAUGUCAAAAUUGUGCGAAGACGAUGCAUGAAAAGGUAAAUUGCUCAGCUCGUGAUUGCCCAAUCUUCUACGCUCGAGAGAAAGUUCGCGGCGAGCUGAAAGAAGCCUAUGAAGUAUUGGAAAGAUUUGGUGAACCCACUUGG